GACAGGCAGGGCCUUUGGAGAAUGUUGUCAUACCAAAAGAGAAGGAUGGACGUAGACGGAAUUAUGGUUUCAUUACUUUUAAACAUGCUAUAUCAGUCCCUUAUGCUGUUGCUUUAAUGAAUGGCAUUUCAUUGUAUGGAAGAGCCCUUCGUCUCAAUGCCAGGAGUGAUGCACAACCUGAACAUAAUCCAUACCUAGAGAAGCUUAUGCAGUACAGGAAUUCAAUGUCCCAGGCCUCACCAUCAUAUAACAACAGGAGUUAUGGGCAUGACAAGAGAGGAUCGUAUGAUGAUAGAAGAGAUUCAUAUGAUGAUAGAUCACGACAUUAUGACUCUAGGAGAUACGAAUCAAGAACAGAGCAUGACAGAAAAGAUUUUGACCCACGUAACUCACCACAUGGAAUGGCUCCAUCUCCUGUAUCAUAUCCUGUUUUUAAUAGUUCAUAUUAUUCAUCACAUAGCCCUCAACAUAUUCCACAGUCUAAUAAUCCAUUUUUUCAACCACAAAAUGCCCCGAGAAGGUAUGACAGAAGCAGUUCAAGAUCGCAAAAUAGAUAUUAAAUUUUAGUUUAUAUCCCUAUUUUAUAUCUGUAUGUGGAAUGAUUAAAAUAAUUGUUUUUAUUUUCAAUAGCCCAUACAGAAUACAGUAUAUUUUGUGAUAAACCCCUUUAGAUCUGUAUAUAUGGAAAAUUACAUACCUGUGUUAAAUUACAAAAAUUUCACUUUUUAUAGUAAAAAAAAUCACCUUUUUAAGUAAUUUUGACACCAUAAUUGACUCAAAGCCAUUUAUUCUUGAACCAAAACAUUUGGUGGUUUUGUCAUAUAAGACAGAAAUGUUUGACAAUUAACAUUUUUUCUUGAUCAUUAAUAAAAAAAUAAGAUUUUAGUCAUAAAAA